GUCGACUACUUUUGCCUGGUGGCAGAUUUUGGCUGCUGCUAUGUUGUUGUGUACGUUAGCUAUCUAAAACAUCCAAAUCAUGCCCCGCGAGACAGCCGUUAAAAUAAUGUCGUUACCGUGAAUACAGGUGCUCAAAGGUAUCUUCUUAAACUUGUGUCCGGACAGGUUUGGGCAACCGUCCGUGUGAGCAGUGCGUCGCGCGGGGUUCCGGGGAGUGUUUUUGUGCCGAGACGAGGCCUUGUCUUCAAACACAACUGCUCGCAAAGUCUCUUACAACCGUCCGCGAUUUCAUGUUGAAGUCGUGAGGUUUUUGGUUAAAACUUAGUGUUACCCGGCGGAAGAUGGACACUGAUAAAUUCAACUAUGUUUACAGUUGUGACCUGGACAUCAACGUUCAACUUAAGAUAGGCAGCUUAGAGGGGAAACGAGAGCAGAAGAGCUACAAAGCCCUGCUCGAAGACCCCAUGCUGAGGUUCUCUGGUCUCUACCAGGAGAACUGCUCGGACCUCUACGUCACCUGUCAGGUGUUUGCUGAAGGGAAACCGCUCGCCCUGCCUGUGCGCACCUCCUACAAAGCCUUCAGCACGCGAUGGAACUGGAACGAGUGGCUGCGGCUGCCAGUCAAGUACCCGGACCUUCCCCAGAGCGCCCAGGUGGCUCUCACAGUGUGGGACGUCUAUGGGCCCGGCAAAGCCGUUCCCGUCGGGGGAACCACCGUCACCUUGUUUGGCAAAUAUGGUAUGUUCCGGCAAGGGAUGCAUGACCUGAAGGUUUGGCCGGGGGUGGAGGGGGACGGAGGAGAGCCCACCUCCACACCAGGACGCACCAGCAGCAGCCUGACGGAGGACCAGAUGGGCAGACUCGCCAAGCUGACUAAGGCCCAUCGGCAGGGCCACAUGGUGAAGGUGGACUGGCUGGACCGUCUGACCUUCAGGGAGAUCGAGAUGAUCAACGAGAGUGAGAAACGCAGCUCCAACUUCAUGUACCUCAUGGUGGAGUUCCCCCGUGUCAAAACGAAUGAAAAGGAAUACAGCAUUGUCUAUUAUGAAAAGGAUGGAGACGAUACGUCACCUGUUCUCACCACCUGUGACAUCGUCAAAGUUCCUGACCCACAGAUGGGGAUGGAGAACCUGGUUGAGAGCAAGCAUCACAAGCUGGCUCGUAGCCUCCGCAGCGGCCCCUCGGAUCACGACCUGAAGCCCAACGCCGCCACACGGGACCAGCUAAACAUCAUCGUGAGCUACCCUCCAACCAAGCAGCUGAGCUCUGAAGAACAGGACCUGGUGUGGAAGUUCAGAUACUACCUCACAACACAGGAGAAGGCCCUCACAAAGUUCCUCAAGUGCGUCAACUGGGACCUGCCCCAGGAGGCCAAGCAGGCCCUGGAGCUGCUGGGGAAGUGGAGGCCGAUGGACGUGGAGGACUCGCUGGAGCUGCUGUCCUCCCAGUUCACCAACCCCACCGUUAGACGCUACGCCGUGGCACGCCUGCAGCAGGCGGACGAUGAGGACCUACUGAUGUAUCUUCUCCAGCUGGUCCAAGCCCUCAAGUACGAGAACUUCAGUGAUAUUCAGGGAGGCCUGGAGCCCGGCAGCACGAGAGACGGCCAGGGACUUUCAGAUGACUCCACACUGGACAGCUCCCAGAUCCUGUCCAGCACGUCGGGACCUUCCACUGCGACGCAGAAAGGCAAGGAAGCGGCUGAGAGCGAGAGUCAAGAGCAAGACUUGUGCACAUUUCUCAUCUCCCGGGCUUGCAAGAACUCCACACUUGCCAACUACUUGUAUUGGUAUGUGAUUGUGGAGUGUGAGGAUCAGGACACCCAGCAGAGAGAUCCUAAGACUCACGAGAUGUACCUGAACGUCAUGAGGCGGUUCAGUCAGGCGUUGCUGAAGGGGGAUAAGAGCGUGCGGGUGAUGCGCUCGCUGCUGGCUUCCCAGCAGACCUUCGUGGACCGACUGGUGCAGCUGAUGAAAGCCGUGCAGAGGGAGAGCGGAAAUCGCAAGAAGAAGACGGAGCGGCUGCAGGCACUGCUGGCUGACAACGAGAAGGUAAAUCUCUCCGAGAUCGAGCCCAUUCCGCUUCCGCUGGAGCCGCAGAUCAGAAUCCGAGGCAUCGUCCCCGAGACGGCCACGCUCUUCAAGAGCGCUCUUAUGCCAGCUAAACUGAUCUUCAAGGCAGAGGAUGGAGCCAUGUACCCAGUUAUCUUCAAACACGGGGACGAUCUGAGGCAGGAUCAGCUCAUCCUUCAGAUCAUUUCGCUCAUGGACAAACUGUUGAGGAAAGAGAAUUUGGACCUGAAGUUGACACCUUACAAAGUAUUGGCCACCAGCACCAAGCACGGUUUUAUGCAGUUUGUUCAGUCUGUUCCUGUUGCUGAAGUCCUGGCUACCGAAGGCAACAUCCAGAGCUUCUUCAGGAAGCACGCGCCGAGUGAAAAGGGUCCGUACGGCAUCAGCUCCGAGGUGAUGGACACCUACGUCAAGAGCUGCGCUGGUUACUGUGUCAUCACGUACAUCCUGGGAGUCGGGGACAGACACUUGGACAAUCUGCUCCUGACAAAGACCGGGAAGCUCUUCCACAUCGACUUUGGCUACAUCCUGGGUCGGGACCCCAAGCCGCUGCCCCCACCCAUGAAGCUGAGCAAAGAGAUGGUGGAGGGGAUGGGAGGCAUGCAGAGCGAGCAGUACCAGGAGUUCAGGAAGCAGUGCUACACCGCCUUCCUCCACCUCAGGAGAUAUUCCAACCUCAUCCUCAAUCUGUUUUCUCUCAUGGUGGAUGCCAAUAUUCCUGAUAUCGCCUUGGAGCCCGACAAGACGGUUAAGAAGGUGCAGGACAAGUUCAGACUGGACCUGUCGGACGAGGAGGCCGUCCAUUACAUGCAGAGUCUGAUCGACGAGAGCGUGGGCGCCUUGUUCGCUGCUGUGGUCGAACAGAUACACAAGUUUGCUCAGUACUGGCGGAGAUGAGCAGAACAGAGAAUGUUGAACCAAGACGCCACGUGUGCAGGAGGGAACGAAAGAAACCCAAUGACACUGUUAAAGAGGCCAAGAAUUCUGCCAACCUUCACUGCAAGAUGGUUGAACAAGGACAUAGUUUCUGCUUUCUUAUGUGUGUGUGUGUAUAUAAUGUAUAUUAAUUAUUAAAUGAAAAUGUAUGGCCAAAUAAAGAUUGUUGAUACAAGUGAAGUUUCAGUUGUGUAAUUUUUACAUAAUUCACGCCCAAAAUGGUGCUGCUGUGCAGUGUUUAUGUCACGCAGCAUGUUUCUUAAUUGAGCAUAGCUGGGCAUCGGUGGAGGGUCACACGUCGACGCUGGGGGGGGAAACGGGUUGAUGAGUCACCGAGCGCCUGCCAGACGUAGAAAGAGGGGAUUCAUCCAAGAAAAAUCUGUUUCCUAAAAUACCGUCUAUUCUGAUGUAUAGGAUCCUUUUUUUAUUAGAAAUAUCUAAUAUUAACACUUUGAUGCACUUUAAUGUUGGUAGUUGCAUGAACCUUCUGCUGUGUCAAUGUAAACUGUACAUUUCAAAUGCAAAAAUCAUGAUCUAGAUUUAGAAA